AUGGCAGAAGCACGCAAGGCGGUCGAGGAUCUCGUGCGCCUCUCGAGCCGCGUCAUCCGUAUCCUCGGCCAGAACCCAGGUCCUUACACUCUGGCAGGGACCAACACCUACCUCGUCUCGACACCGUCCGCUCCCUCGUCGAAGCUCGCCUCGCGCCCUUCCAUCUUGGUCGACACGGGCGAAGGCACCGAAUCGUACAUCCCGCUUCUGGAACGUGCGCUCAAAGGAGCCGUCGACAGCGAUUCUGCAAGCAAGGCGUCCACCUCAAGACGGCAGGAUGCGAUGGAGGAGGAUGAAGACGACGAGGACGAUCUCACGUCGUGGAUCUCGGACAUUGUUUUGACGCACAAGCAUCAUGACCACGUAGGUGGUUUGCCUUCCAUUCUGUCGCUGCUCUCCAAGUUGAGAGCAGAAGCGACAGUGACGCUGCCAGCGCCGAGGAUACACAAGUUCCUCGAUGCCGAAUCCGACCCGCAACUGGUCAAGAUGCUGCACGGUCUACCUCAGGGCUCUUUCACUCCGUUCAGCGAGACCGAGGGCGCAGCUUCGCCGCUCUGGCCACUCCAGGAGGGCUCAAUUAUUCACGUGACGAACGAGGAUGUCACUGCUUCGUUGCAAGUACUGCAUACUCCUGGUCACACGGCCGACCACAUCUGCCUCUUGUUGAACGAGGAAAAGACGCUUCUCACCGGCGACCACGUUCUCGGUCAAGGCACGACCGUGUUCGAAGAUCUUACGGCGUACAUGUCGAGUUUGCGAAAAUGUACGCGCGCGUUGGAGCAGUUGGGACCUUCGCAGGUGGAAGCAGCAACGGCAACCACGAGCAGCGAGAACCGACUGUAUCCUGCACACGGUCCUGUGGUGGAGGAGGGCAAAAAGAUGCUCAAACAGUAUCUGGAUCAUCGACUCGAACGCGAAGCGCAGGUGGUGGAGCUGCUCAAGACAUCACCAGAUGGAGAGCAGACACAAAGCACAUUGUCUACGGUCACAGUCGCAGGUACAGAAUACGGAUUGGGAUCGCCAUGGAAGAUCCGACAAAUGGUGCUCAAGCUGUACUCCAACUACCCGGAGAACCUGUUCCCAGCCGCAGCUCGUGGGUUGUACCUGCACUUGCGGACGUUGUCGUCGCCGGAUGUCGAGCAGGGUAAGCCAUCGAGGGUGAGGUGUUUGCAGACGACAUCGUUUGCCAGGAGAGCGUCGGCGGGAGCAGGGGAGGAUGUCGGAAACUGUCCGCCCAUGCCGAGCAGCGACGCGGAAUGGGUCGAGGCGAUGGAGCUGGAUUGGGCGCUGCUGGUGGAGCCUUCUUCGUCGUUGCAGUCCGCUUUGUAG